CCUUGGCCAGAGUCCGGAGCAGCCGCCGCCCGAGCGCGCCGAGCUCAGUUCGCUGCCCGCGCCGGCUCCCAGCCCGGCCCGACCCCUACCCAGCCCGGCCAGGCUCCACACGCAGGUGCGGACGAUCGGGGCAGGGAUCGCUGGGGCGAGGGAAGGGCGGCAAGCGGCCGAGAGGCCGAUCCCCGCCGUCACGGGGCAGCAGCCACCAUGGAGGUGAUGAACCUGAUCGAACAACCCAUCAAGGUGACUGAGUGGCAACAGACAUACACCUAUGACUCUGGCAUCCACUCGGGGGCCAACACCUGUGUGCCCUCGGUCAGUAGCAAGGGCAUCAUGGAGGAGGAUGAGGCCUGCGGGCGCCAGUACACGCUCAAGAAGACCACCACCUACACUCAGGUGCCCCAGAGCCAAGGAGACCUGGAGUACCAGAUGUCCACGACGGCCAGAGCCAAGCGGGUGCGGGAGGCCAUGUGUCCUGGAGUGACAGGUGAAGACAGCUCACUGCUGCUGGCCACCCAGGUGGAGGGGCAGGCCACCAACCUGCAGCGGCUGGCCGAGCCGUCCCAGCUGCUCAAGUCAGCCAUCGUGCAUCUCAUCAACUACCAGGACGACGCCGAGCUGGCCACCCGGGCCCUGCCCGAACUCACCAAACUGCUCAACGAUGAGGACCCGGUGGUAGUGACCAAGGCAGCCAUGAUCGUGAACCAGCUGUCCAAGAAAGAGGCGUCGCGGCGGGCGCUGAUGGGCUCACCCCAGCUGGUGGCAGCCGUGGUGCGUACGAUGCAGAACACCAGUGACCUGGACACGGCCCGCUGCACCACGAGCAUCCUGCAUAACCUCUCCCACCACCGCGAGGGGCUCCUUGCCAUCUUCAAGUCAGGCGGCAUCCCUGCCCUGGUCCGCAUGCUCAGCUCCCCCGUGGAGUCGGUCCUGUUCUACGCCAUCACCACGCUGCACAACCUGCUGCUCUACCAGGAGGGCGCCAAGAUGGCGGUGCGCCUGGCCGACGGGCUGCAGAAGAUGGUGCCCCUGCUUAACAAGAACAACCCCAAGUUCCUGGCCAUCACCACCGACUGCCUGCAGCUCCUGGCCUACGGCAACCAGGAGAGCAAGCUCAUCAUCCUAGCCAACGGAGGACCCCAGGCCCUCGUGCAGAUCAUGCGCAACUACAGUUAUGAGAAGCUGCUCUGGACCACCAGCCGCGUGCUCAAGGUGCUGUCUGUGUGUCCCAGCAAUAAGCCCGCCAUUGUGGAGGCUGGUGGGAUGCAGGCCCUGGGCAAACACCUGACAAGCAACAGCCCCCGCCUCGUACAGAACUGCCUCUGGACCCUGCGUAAUCUCUCGGACGUGGCCACCAAACAGGAGGGCCUGGAGAGCGUGCUGAAGAUACUGGUGAACCAGCUGAGCGUGGAUGACGUCAAUGUCCUCACCUGCGCCACGGGCACGCUGUCCAACCUGACGUGCAACAACAGCAAGAACAAGACGCUGGUGACCCAGAACAGCGGCGUGGAGGCUCUCAUCCACGCCAUCCUGCGCGCCGGCGACAAGGACGACAUCACGGAGCCUGCGGUCUGCGCCCUGCGCCACCUCACCAGCCGUCACCCGGAGGCCGAGAUGGCCCAGAACUCCGUGCGCCUCAACUACGGCAUCCCGGCCAUCGUCAAGCUGCUCAACCAGCCCAACCAGUGGCCGCUGGUCAAGGCAACCAUCGGCCUGAUCAGGAAUCUGGCCCUGUGUCCAGCCAACCAUGCCCCUCUGCAGGAGGCGGCGGUCAUUCCCCGCCUCGUGCAGUUGCUGGUCAAGGCUCACCAGGAUGCCCAGCGCCAUGUGGCUGCAGGCACACAGCAGCCAUACACGGACGGCGUGAGGAUGGAGGAGAUUGUGGAGGGCUGUGCCGGAGCCCUGCACAUCCUCGCUCGGGACCCCAUGAACCGCAUGGAGAUCUUCCGACUGAACACCAUCCCCCUGUUUGUGCAGCUCCUGUACUCAUCAGUGGAGAACAUCCAGCGUGUAGCCGCCGGGGUGCUGUGCGAGCUGGCCCAGGACAAGGAGGCAGCUGAUGCCAUUGAUGCCGAGGGGGCCUCGUCCCCACUCAUGGAGUUACUGCACUCUCGCAACGAGGGCACAGCCACCUAUGCUGCCGCUGUCCUGUUCCGCAUCUCUGAGGACAAGAACCCAGAUUAUCGUAAGCGUGUGUCUGUGGAGCUCACCAACUCCCUCUUCAAGCAUGACCCAGCUGCCUGGGAGGCCGCCCAGAGCAUGAUCCCCAUCAAUGAACCCUACGCAGAUGACAUGGAUGCCACCUACCGCCCCAUGUACUCGAGUGACGUGCCCCUGGACCCUCUGGACAUGCACAUGGACAUGGACGGAGACUAUCCCAUCGACACCUACAGCGACGGCCUGAGGCCCCCCUACCCUGCGGCGGACCACAUGCUGGCCUAGCUGGCUCCUUUCCAGUGCGGUUCCUCAUCUGAGAGGCUCUCCGUGCAGGCGAUGGGGCGAGACAGAAAAGUGCCUGAGCCCAGGGGAGCGGGGCUGUGACUUCUCGCCGAACCCCACGCCUCCAGAGGUCCUCUGUAGCGUCUUUCUUGGGAUGGUGAUCUGCUCCUGCUUUUCUGUCCUGGGCCGUGGGUCCAGGGCCCAACACCCCCUCCCCACCUCUGUGGCCCCGGAACUAAAGCUUUAGACUCAAUCACCUGCUCUCUUCCCCCACCUGGCAAUCACCCCCCGACCCCCACUCCCACCCCCCAGCCCAGGCGGCUUGACUCCAGCAGCCUGGGCCCCACAGAGCUUUGGUUCCUCCCCCCGGGCCUGAUUUUCUCACCGAACUCCAGCCGACCGACUGUUCCGAGCCCCUGGGGUGUCCAGGACCCAGGUUCAAGGCCCCAAAUCCCAGAAUCCAAAGCUUGUCUUGAAAAGUUCAGGGACCGACAAGGAGAUGGGAUGGAGACGCGGAGAGUGAGUCCCCCACCCCAGGACACUGCCUGCUCCUCUCUCCGGGACCCUCAACCGGACCUGGCCCCUUCCUGGGAGCUCUGGGGACAGCUCCCUGGCACCCCAUCCCGCCCCGUCCCACCCACUCCACCGCCCUAGCUGACUCCUGAGAAGUGCUCUUGGCUGACCCCUCUGGUGUGCGGUGAGGGGCUUUCUCUUCCCCUUCCUGUUUCGAACCCACCACCACCUCCUGCACGUGGGUGUGGGGGGCUGGGGGAGGUCCCAGCGGAGAGUUUUAUUAUUAUCGCUUUAUGUUUUUGGUUA